AUGGCUGCCAUCCUUCCGUUCCGGGACAUUAAUGUCCACGCCUCGUCUUCGUACUACGCCUUUUCCUCGCCCUCGUCGCCCUCGGCCCCCACCCUCGUUGUCGACCGGCCCUCCGGAGACUUGCGCCUUAACGAUGGCAAGCUCCUCGGCGGCCAGCGCGUUUCCAGCAUUGCUGGCGUGCUGGGCAUGAUUAAGCUGCGCCUAGACAAAUACAUUAUCGUCAUCACGAAGGCGCAACCUGUCGGGAGGCUCAAGGGCCACAUGGUGUACAAGGUUGCGGCUACCGAAUUCCUGCCUCUGCGCGAGCGCCCUCUGCAUGAUCCGGACGAGGAUACCUACCUUUUCUACCUGAAGACAUUGCUCAAGCAGGGGCCGAUGUACUUCUCCUACUCCAUCGACAUCACCAACAGCUUCCAGCGCCAGGCCCAGAGCGACUUCACCCAGCCGCUGUGGAAGCGCGCUGACGAUCGCUUUUUCUGGAAUCGCUUCAUCCAGUCGGAUCUGAUUGACUUUCGCAACGGUGCUUCCGGCUCAUCCGGCUUCCGCAUUGCGAGCGGCCUGCAGAGGGAUGUCGACCCCUAUAUCUUGCCCGUCAUGUUCGGCAUGAUGGAGAUUAAGAACACGUCGAUUAAGGGCAACCCCCUGACGUUCGUCCUUAUUACCCGGCGAUCGAGACACCGGGCCGGAACCCGCUAUUUCUCUCGUGGAGUCGACGAGAAUGGCAACGUGUCCAACUUCAACGAGACGGAGCAAGUGGUCAUACUCAAUGACAACGCGUCGAACGGUCCUGGAGGAUUCGCCGCAGGCUCAAACUUGCAGUCGAGCGGGGGACCAGAGACGCAGGUACUGUCAUACGUGCAGACAAGAGGAAGCGUGCCGCUGUAUUGGGCCGAGAUUAACGAGCUCAAAUAUACCCCUAAGUUGCAGAUCCGCGGGGUGCAAAGCGCUGUGUCAGCCGCCAAGCGCCACUUCAACGAGCAGAUUCGUCUGUAUGGUGACAACUACCUCGUCAAUCUCGUCAACCAAAAGGGUCGCGAAAGGGCUGUCAAGGAGGCCUACGAGAAGAUGGUUCAACUCCUGGUUUCUUCGCCUACCGAGGGUACCGAGUCGGACCAGGUCACUGAAGAGAAAUUCACCGUGAUCGAGCCCGAGGGCGAGAAGCAGCGGUACGAUCGCAUCCACUACACGUACUUCGACUUCCAUAGUGAAACGAAGGGACUUCGGUGGCACCGUGCUGCACUGCUGCUUCAGCAGCUCGAGGGACCGAUCAGAGAGAACGGCUACUUCAGAGGCGUCAACAUGCCUGGUGACCCGAAUGGCAAGAUGGAGAUCCGUAGUCGGCAGACAUGUGUUGUGCGGACGAACUGUAUGGACUGUUUGGAUCGCACCAAUGUCGUUCAGAGCAUGCUGGGACGCUUCAUCCUCAGCCGCAUGCUCAUCGACUUGGGUAUUCUCCGUGAGGGCGAGAAUGCGCAAGACGAUGUCGCGUUUGAGGAUCUCUUCCGCAACAUCUGGGCCGACAAUGCCGACGUCGUCUCCAAGUCAUACUCAGGCACUGGAGCUCUGAAGACGGACUUCACCCGAACCGGACAGCGAACGAAGGCUGGUAUGGUGCAGGAUCUCAGCAACUCCAUCACUCGUUACGUGAAGAACAACUUCCUCGAUGGUCCGCGGCAAGAUGCUUUUGACCUGUUCCUGGGCACAUAUCUUCCUUCUACUUCCAACAUUGGGAACAGUCUGCUGUUCGUUGACCGUAGACCACUUGCCAUCCAGUCGAUCCCUUACAUCCUUGCUGGAUGUGUCUUCUUCAUUUUCAUUUCUGCUUUUACGAGAAGGUCCCCUGACGCUUACGUCUGGCCUCUGCGCAUCCUUGUACUUCUUUUCUUCGCUGUGACCAUCCUUUGCUUCCGCUUCAUCCAGAGCCACGGCACACUCUACGUCAACUGGCCGAAGCUGAACACGCCUCCGUGGGCUGUCGAGGGCUAUCAGGAUGCGAUGUCGGAUGUGCAGAAGGAUCCACUUUUGGGACCAUUGGUGGCGAGGCACGAGAGGGGCAAGAGCGAUGCGAGACUUCUUUAUCUAGAAGAGGGUAACAAGAAGAGGAUAGAAUAG